AUGAACCCUACAGCUACAAAAAGAUUUGUGUCCCGUUCAGAGUGGGAGCAGAGACUCUCCAAGGUAAAAGUAAACAAGCAAGAUCUCAAUCAAUUAGUGAUGAACUACUUGGUGAUUGAGGGCUACAAGGAUGCAGCCGAACAGUUUAGUGCAGAGAGUGGAUUGUCACCGGCUGUUGAUUUGGAGUCUAUUCAAGAGAGAAUGGAGAUUAGACAUGCGAUUCAGUCUGGAGAUGUUGACACUGCAAUCGAUUUAGUUAAUGAUUUGAAUCCUGAAAUUCUUGAUACCAAUCCACAAUUGUUCUUCCGACUCCAACAACAAAGACUUAUUGAGCUGAUACGUAAAGGAGAUUUUGGAGCGGCAUUGGAGUUUGCAGCAGAGGAAAUGGCGCCUCGUGGAGAGGAACAUCCUGAGUUUCUUGAGGAGUUGGAGCGUACGAUGGCAUUGUUUGCAUUCCAAGACAUCAAUACGUCGCCUGUGAAGGAUCUGUUGCACUCUGGACACCGACAAAAGACAGCCAGUGAGCUCAACACGGCGAUUCUUGACAGCCAGUCGCGCGAAAAGGAGCCAAAGUUACCGAAUCUACUGAAAAUGCUGGUCUGGAGUCAGGUUCAGCUUGAUGAACGUCUGCUAUAUCCACGUAUUGAAGAUUUCUUAAAGGCAGAUUUGGUGACACCAGAGGAGGAACUCGUCAAAUCUACGGACCAUUGA